ACAGGUCUUUCCAGUGUGCUGUGAUUCCUGCUCCGUGACACCGAGUUAGGUGAUAAGAACAUUAGAUUGCUCACUGAUGAUUACUGAGGCCCAGCUGUGCAUGCUGGGGACGUGCCUCUUAAGUAUUUCCUGGCCCAGACCAUGAACUGCAACAUGCAGGAAGGAAGCUGCCUUUCUCUAGCUUCCCAAUACUCUGUUGGUAGUAAGAGGAUUAAAAUGUCAACCUCAGGAUCCUGACCAUUCCAGAGAGUAAUUAUAAGGAUUUCACCUUUGACACCACUGACGCCCAGUCUGAACUGUUUUUACACAUAAUUAAAUUUAUUCUGCUAGGUUUAUGGCUGUGAGAUUUAAAGGACUAUAUAUGCAAUCCAUCCAUAAAAAUCAUUCAUGCAAAUAGUGGACAUCAGCUUGGCAUAAUGCCCUUUUCAUCCCUUCAUUUGGCAAGUGUUUAUCGUGUACCUUAUAGCAGAAGUCCACACAGGAGCCUAAGACAUGGUCUUUGCCUUCAAACCCCGUAGUGUAGUAGAUUAUGGUCAUCAAAAGGAACCUAUGCAGAGUAUUGCAAGACUUUCAUAGGCGUUGACCAGGAAGGAGAGAAACACAUCCUAGCCAGGAAACAGUGGGUACAAAGGUACAGAAAUGAGGAACUGACGUGUGUGUGUGAGAUUACUGGAGGAAAAGCCUCCAGGGGAUAACCUUUCCCAGUUCAGUGCUCACAUUCUGCUUGCACAGUGCUCAUUUUCUGUUGCAGACUUUUCCUGAGCUGGUGCCUUUUUUUUUUGGAACCCGGUGAGUGCUUUCUUAGGCUGUGGUGUGCACAUUAAGCACUUACAGUUUCCCUGCUCUCUCUCCUGUAACCAUCCUUUCCAUAGCUUACAUUUCUAUUUCAGAUUGUGAGGGUAGGCUUUAGGUCCUCAGGUUAUAAACUUGUGAGAAGUAGAGGUGGUCUUAAAUUCCAUUGUCCUGCUAAGUGAGAAACACCGAAUGAUCUGAAAGCCUCCUUUCCAUGGUAUUUCCCCAUUGAUGGCAGCUUGUUUUCUUUUGGAGUUCUUAGCUGUUAGGAAGCCUUAAGAAAAUGUACCCCUUCAACAUCUUGUCCUGUUUAGAACCCACCCCUCUAAUCCUCCAUGAUUAAGUAGUCAAGAGCUUGGUCUUCUGUCAUUAGAGUGCAAAUACCAGCUCUUCCACUUUCUAGUUGUCUGACAUGGGGCCAAUUUUCUCAGUACCUCUGCCUCAGUUUCCCUCAACUUCCUAGGGUGCUUGGAAAGACUGAUGAAGGUGAUACAGGUAAAAUACUGAACUCAUGGGGUUGGGGAUUUAGCUCAGUGGUAGAGCGCUUGCCUAGCAAGUGCAAGGCCCUGGGUUCGGUCCUCAGCUCCAGAGGAAAAAAAAAUACUGAACUCAGCCACUACACACUUAAGGACUCAUACUGGCUUGUGGUAAGGUGGUAACCAUUUGAAAUGAACUGUUUUGAGUUAACCAUUGAUUGUGAUGUUGUUUUCCUAUUCCUAGCUUUAUGUCUAUUUUAUUUGAUAGGGGAGGAUGAAAGACGUAUUUUACAGCCGGGUGUGGUGGCCCCACUCCAUUGAUGCCAGCACGUGGGAGGCAGAGGCAGGCGGAUCUCUGAGUUCAAGGCCAGCCUGGUCUACAGAGUCAUCACCGGCGGGGGCGUGGUGAUAAAUGGCACCGAAUCAGAAGCGUGGCUGGACUUUGGCGCGAGACGGGAACGCUGAGGCAGGGCAGAUUUGGCGCGAGCUGAGUUCGCUUCAGCUGUGCGUCUUGUGGCGGGAGAUCCCUUGCGGUUGUGUUCGAAACACAGGAGCGUGCACUGCGGCGACACAGCCUUGAAGCGUGUAAAGGAGCAGAUUGCUCCGUGAGGCCUGAGAGUUGGCCCGGAGCCCAAAGAGUUGAGGCCGGUUCGAGCGUGGCCUGUGGAGAGCGGAGAUCGCCUGAGGUCUGUGGCUGGGUCAGGGAGGGGGUCGUGCGCCUGCAAGCCGUUGGAGCCCGGAGUGGUGGGAAGGAGCUGAGAGCUGCUGGGAGGAAACGGUGUAGGGUGGGGUUGAGAGCGGUGUGGAGCGCAGGCUAGUCCCGGGCAGAGGAGGAUGGAAUGGAACUAAACUAGUGCUAAAGAUGUCUCGUGUGUCUGGAGUGAAGGAGCUAGAAGUAUUCUAGAAACCACUGGAGAUAAACUGGCAUUGCUCAAGUGUAAGAACUUGGGUUCUGGUUUCAGGAUGCUUGGGGUGAUAGCCGUGUUUUUCUAUGACUGUCUCUAAGAGGGGGAUAAUAGUUUCUACAUCUGAGUUAUGUAUGGUAAGACUGAAGUGUGCAAUAUGUGCAUAACGGUAUGUUACACAUACUGGGUAUACAGAUGUUACCUGUUAUUUACAUAGAUUUGGAUAGGAAGCAGAACUGUGUUAAAAAUACCAUGUUAACAUAAUUUAUGAAGUGAGCGUUGGUCACCAAUAUAAAUAAACUCCGUAUGUUUUUCUUUUUGCUUUCGUAAAUCCCAGGCUUCCUGGCUUUUUUUUUUUUACACCCAGUUGAGUGGUCAUCAUGCCUCAAACCCGAUCCCAGGCACAAGCUACCAUCAGUUUUCCGAAAAAGAAGUUGUCUAAGACACUGAGCAAAACGAAUUCCAGAGACAGUAAAGUAAAACUUAAAGACGUCCAGGCUGAACCUUCUACUCCACGUGCAAAUGCUAAAAUUCUGCCUCUCAGUCCCAGAAAACGUCUGGGUGAUGACAACCUAUGCAACGCUCCUCAUUUGUCUUCCUGUUCCCCGCCGAAGCUGGGCAAGAAAGAAAAUGGCCCACCUCGCUCACAUACUCGGAAGGGAUGCAGAUUAGUAUUCGAUGAGGAGCUGACGGUUAAGUCUUCAAACCAAAAAGAGCAAGACCGAGUUCACCAAAACCAAAUACUUCCCUCAGCUCAAAAAGGUCAAGAGAGUGAAACAAAUUCUGAGCAGAAAUGUCCACCGGAUAAGGAGUCUGCGCGUGUGAGACUGUUCAAACAAGAAGGAACUUGCUAUCAGCAAGCAAAGCUUGUCCUGAACACAGCUGUCCCAGAUCGGCUGCCUGCCAGAGAAAAGGAGAUGGACGUCAUCAGGGCCUUCCUGAAGGAACACAUCUGUGGGAAAAAAGCUGGAAGUCUCUACCUCUCUGGUGCUCCUGGGACCGGAAAAACUGCCUGCUUGAGCCGGAUUCUGCAAGACCUCAGGAAGGAAGUGAAAGGCUUUAAAACGAUCUUGCUGAAUUGCAUGUCUUUGAGGAGUGCCCAGGCUGUGUUCCCAGCUAUUGCUCAGGAGAUUGGUCGGGAGGAAAUAUGCAGACCAGCUGGGAAGGACUUGAUGAGAAAACUGGAAAAGCAUGUGACUGCUGAGGAGGGCCCCAUGAUUGUGUUGGUGUUGGACGAGAUGGAUCAGCUGGACAGCAAAGGGCAGGAUGUUUUAUACACACUGUUUGAAUGGCCGUGGCUAAACAAUUCCCGAUUGGUGCUCAUUGGUAUCGCUAAUACCCUAGAUCUCACAGACAGAAUUCUGCCGAGACUUGAAGCUAGAGAAAACUGUAAGCCGCAGCUGUUGAACUUCCCCCCUUACACCAGAAAUCAGAUAGCUACGAUCUUGCAGGAUAGACUCAGUCAGGUGUCGAGAGACCAGGUUCUGGACAGUGCUGCCAUUCAGUUCUGUGCCCGCAAAGUAUCUGCUGUUUCCGGAGACAUCCGUAAAGCACUGGAUGUUUGCAGGCGAGCUAUUGAAAUUGUGGAGUCGGACGUCAAAAGCCAGACGGUCCUCAAACCACUGUCUGAAGGUCAAUCACCCUCUGAGGCGCCAGUUCCCAAACGUGUUGGCCUUGCUCACAUAUCCCAAGUCAUUUCGGAAGUGGAUGGGAACAGGGUGACUCUGAGCCAAGAAACAACACAAGAUUCCCUCCCUCUCCAGCAGAAGAUCUUGGUUUGCUCUUUGCUGCUCUUGACCAGGCGGCUGAAAAUCAAAGAGGUCACUCUGGGGAAGUUAUACGAAGCCUACAGCAGCAUCUGUCGCAAACAGCAGGUGGCGGCUGUGGACCAGUCUGAGUGUUUGUCCCUGUCGGGACUCCUGGAGUCCAGAGGCAUUUUGGGAUUAAAGAAAAAUAAGGAAAGCCGCCUGACCAAGGUGUCUCUGAAGAUUGAAGAAAGGGAAAUAGAGCAUGUCCUGAAAGGCAAAGCUUUCAUUGGUAAUAUCCUCGCUGGUGGACUGCCCUGAAUGCUUCUCUCACCCCACCUGCAAGUAUCCAGCUGACAUUUGGCACACUGGGGAGUCUCCAUUUUAGUGUAUGGAUUCAUUGGCUCUUACUGUUUUUACUCAUAAAAAUGACUGAGUAGCUGGGUGUGAUGGCAUAUGCCUGUAAUCCCAGCACUUGGGAAAUAGAGGCAGAAGGAUCAGGAGUUCAAGGCCAUCCUUUGCUACAUAGUGAGUUUGAGGCUGGCCUGGACUACAUAAGACACUCUAAAAACAAAACCAAUGACCCUUUUAAAGUACUAUUCGGUACCUUUUCCACUUCUGCACCUAACCAAUGUGCCUGCAAGGACAUACAGACUUGUGUUGAAGGAUUUGUAUGUAUUAUUUUUCUAAAUACAAACGAUAUAUUUUGUGAAGAACUUUGAGGUUUAAAGAUGAAGUGGAAUGAUCCAGAAAAAUAUACAAGCCUCCAGGGAAAUUUGAAGGACCUUUUGGUCAAAGGACUCUGGAGUUUACUACAUUCCUGGACAGGUACUGCCUCGUUGGACUUUUUAAGGACUCGGGGAGUUUCUCUAGUGCUCCCACACAAUGUGGGGUGAUUAGGAGAAUGUAACUGCAGAUUGUGAAUAUAUUUAUUUUCAAGUUUCAUUUUUGGGCUGCAUUUGUUACCUUGGUCACCCAUUUGUGUGUGGGCAGAUGGGUGCCACUGUGUUCGUGUUGGGGACAACUGCAGAAGUCAUUGUUCACCUUGCACCUUGCAGAUCCCAGGGACUGAGCUCGGGGCACCAAGUGUGGCAGCAAGCACCUUUACUUUUGAGCCAUUUCGUGGGCCUGCAUUUGUUGUCUCUAAGUAGAGUCACAUUCAGGGGAGUUCCAGUUUCGGGACAGCCAGAGCUACAUAAAGAAACACUGUCUCAAAAAAAACAACAACAACAAACAAACCCCAGAAAAGGCCUUCUCAUACUGUGCUAAGAUCUUAGCUUCCCGCAGAUGAAGCCGUUGUUUCAAAAUGGCUCAGGUCAGGCCUGGAUUUUCAUCUGAACACUUCAUAGUCUCCUUAGAUAAAUUUAUCCAUAUGGUCACCGAGGACACUGCUGGGUUUGAUUUCCAGCGGUUUAAGUGGCAAUUUGUGACAGGGA